UUGCAGCAACUUGUAUGGAGCUGGAGGUCAUUAUUCUAAGCGAAGUAUCACGGGAGUGGAAAGUCAAAAACCAUAAGUGAAAGCUGAACUGUGUGUUCCAGAGAACAAGUCUUCAAACAUAUUUGCUAUAUUGACACUUAGCUGUCAGGGGACUCAGGCUUAUGAGGAGGUAUUGUUACACAAAACAGUGUCUAGUGAAGACGACAAGAAAGAGGGGAAAGGAUCGGAAAAAGAAGCUGAAAUACUAUAGAAAACCAUGACAAAGUCUUGCCCUGUCACCCAGGCUGGAGAGCAAUGGCAUGAUCUCAGGUCAUUGCCACCUUGCCUCAUUGCAAAGAUCUAUUCGAUCUUUUGCUAAUGAUGAUCGCCAUGUUAUGGUGAAACAUUCAACAAUCUAUCCAUCUCCCGAGGAACUUGAAGCUGUUCAGAAUAUGGUAUCUACUGUUGAAUGUGCUCUUAAACAUGUCUCGGAUUGGUUGGAUGAAACAAAUAAAGGCACAAAAACAGAGGGUGAGACAGAAGUGAAGAAAGAUGAGGCCGGAGAAAACUAUUCCAAGGAUCAAGGUGGUCGGACAUUGUGUGGUGUAAUGAGGAUUGGCCUGGUGGCAAAAGGCUUGCUGAUUAAAGAUGAUAUGGACUUGGAGCUGGUUUUAAUGUGCAAAGACAAACCCACAGAGACUCUGUUAAAUACAGUCAAAGAUAAUCUUCCUAUUCAGAUUCAGAAACUCACAGAAGAGAAAUAUCAAGUGGAACAAUGUGUAAACGAGGCAUCUAUUAUAAUUCGGAAUACAAAAGAGCCCACUCUAACUUUGAAGGUGAUACUUACCUCACCUCUAAUUAGGGACGAAUUGGAGAAGAAGGAUGGAGAAAAUGUUUCGAUGAAAGAUCCUCCGGACUUAUUGGACAGGCAGAAAUGCCUGAACGCCUUGGCGUCUCUUCGACAUGCCAAAUGGUUUCAGGCAAGGGCAAAUGGAUUAAAAUCAUGUGUAAUUGUCCUCCGCAUUCUGCGUGAUUUGUGCAACAGAGUCCCCACAUGGGCACCAUUGAAAGGAUGGCCACUAGAACUUAUAUGUGAAAAGUCUAUAGGUACUUGUAAUAGACCUUUGGGCGCUGGGGAGGCCUUGAGACGAGUAAUGGAGUGUUUGGCAUCUGGAAUACUACUUCCUGGAGGUCCUGGUCUUCAUGAUCCUUGUGAGAGAGACCCAACAGAUGCUCUGAGCUAUAUGACCAUCCAGCAAAAAGAAGAUAUUACCCACAGUGCACAGCAUGCACUCAGACUAUCAGCCUUUGGCCAGAUUUAUAAAGUGCUGGAGAUGGACCCCCUUCCAUCUAGUAAGCCUUUUCAGAAGUAUUCCUGGUCAGUUACUGAUAAAGAAGGUGCUGGGUCUUCAGCUCUCAAGAGGCCAUUUGAAGAUGGAUUAGGGGAUGAUAAAGACCCCAAUAAGAAGAUGAAACGAAACUUAAGGAAAAUUCUGGAUAGUAAAGCAAUAGACCUUAUGAAUGCACUAAUGAGGCUAAAUCAGAUCAGGCCUGGGCUUCAGUAUAAGCUCUUAUCUCAGUCUGGCCCCGUUCAUGCCCCAGUCUUCACAAUGUCUGUAGAUGUGGAUGGCACAACAUACGAAGCCUCGGGACCAUCCAAGAAAACAGCAAAACUUCACGUAGCAGUGAAGGUAUUGCAGGCAAUGGGAUAUCCAACAGGCUUUGAUGCAGAUAUUGAAUGUAUGAGUUCCGAUGAAAAAUCAGAUAAUGAAAGUAAAAAUGAAACAGUGUCUUCAAACUCAAGCAAUAAUACUGGAAAUUCUACAACUGAAACCUCCAGUACCUUAGAGGUAAGAACUCAGGGCCCUAUUCUUACAGCAAGUGGCAAAAACCCUGUAAUGGAGCUCAAUGAAAAAAGAAGAGGUCUCAAGUAUGAACUCAUCUCAGAAACUGGUGGAAGCCAUGACAAGCGCUUUGUAAUGGAGGUAGAAGUAGAUGGACAGAAAUUCAGAGGCGCAGGUCCAAAUAAGAAAGUGGCCAAGGCAAGUGCAGCUUUAGCUGCUUUGGAGAAGCUGUUUUCUGGACCUAAUGCGGCAAAUAACAAGAAAAAGAAGAUCAUCCCUCAGGCAAAGGGUGUUGUGAAUACAGCUGUGUCUGCAGCAGUCCAAGCUGUUCGGGGCAGAGGAAGAGGAACUCUAACAAGGGGAGCUUUUGUUGGGGCGACGGCUGCCCCUGGCUACAUAGCUCCAGGCUAUGGAACACCAUAUGGUUACAGCACAGCUGCCCCUGCCUAUGGUUAAUACUUUUAAGCAGUUUUCAGCACGUUUAUCUCACUUUAUUCUCGUUCUCCUCGGACCUUCGUAGCCAUAUCACUUGUAUAAAAUAGGCUGAGAUAUAGUGACUGUAAGCUGUGAUCUCAGUAUACAAAGGUAAGCUCUUUUAUUUUCUGAUUAAAGAGAAAAAUAAUUAACACAACAUGCAUAUAUGACAAUCAUAUAUGAUGUAUUUAAUCUCUUAGGUCAUAUGUCAUCGCAUUACCUUUAAAAAUUGUAUGGUCUAAAUGUAAAGUAGUUAUUUUUCAACAUUUGUUUUAAUAUCUUUGUAACAACUUUUAUUCAAGAGAGACAUUUCACUUACACUGAAUUAGAGAGAGAGAGAGAGAGUGUGUGUGUGUGUGUGUGUGUGUAGAAACUUAGGGAAUAACAUGUAUGUAAAUUACCCACACAUACCUGUUUAAGUAUAAGAAUUCAGUGAUAGGAACAGUUCCUCUAAUAAGAUUUUAAUGACAGGGCACUCUUUUGGCCAAAGCAGUGGAAUUUCCUAAGCAGCAAGGUUGGUAACAGUGCUGGUAGGAUCCGUCUGUGUGAGCUGUCAGACAGGCUGAGGAUCAAAGUGCCAAUUUCUCAAGGAGAGAAACCUCUCAGAGAAAUGAAAGUCUCUGAUCUGUGUUGUAUGCCCUAAUACAACAACAGCAAGAAGCCAUAAAAAAAAAAGCAAUAGAAAAUGAAAAAACAAAAACAAAAACAAAAUAUUAUGGUAACUAUGGAAAAGUAUAUAAUUGACUGGGUUAAGCUAAUUAUUUGCAGAGCCAUCUUUAGCAAGACUUGGGGUGGUGAAUAUCGAGUCUACAGAGACCAAAUAGACUUAAAGCAAUCUAUCUGUCUUUUCCAAGUUAGGUAGCUAGAUUAUUCAUUUCCCACCUUACUCAGCCAUCAUAGAGUUCAUUCAUGUAAAGAUGUGAGGGUUAGGCCAGAUAUUUAAAUAAAGAUUUGCUUCAUUUAGGUGUGUCCCAUAAAUGCAUUUUAAUUGUGUUAGAUGUUAUGUGCUAAGGCUGUAUUUGAUAUAUAUAGAUUAAAAUGAAUUUCAUGUUUCCUAUUUGUUUCUAAGUAGCAGUUUCUUUUGAUUACUCACUUUAAAGUUGCUGGGACAACUCUCGUUUUUUCCAUGCAGAAUCUGUAUGUACAUUGAAUGUGGCUCUGGCAUCUUUACAAGGUUGUACGAGGCAUAGCUGACUAGUACUGAGUGCAAUCCAGUCCUGCCGAAACAGCCCAGUGCCUAUCAGGUGCCAGGUCCUCUUCUGGGUACAAGUGAACAGAGGCUGUGACCAGUGGAAGCAUUUUAAUUUGGAGAGUCUCCUUGUUGUUGGAAUUGGGCCUAUUACAAAUAUCCUACUUUGAGAAACAAAUAUUUUGUUAACUGUGGCAAAAAAAUGUUAGCUUAGUUAUUAAUUAUAAAUUAUUUAAUAAUGUAGGCCCUCUGACAUCACCAAAAUAGGUGUGACUUGGAAAUUCACUCAUUUAAAAUAUUUCCCUGGCAGUUUGGAGAGCCUGAAAACCUACUCUGGUUUAUGUUCAUGGACCUCUGUCCAGUAAGUAAAUGUAAUGAAAUGAAUAACAAAGACUCCAGUCUUUUCCAAGUAGUUUUUAUAGUAUAGCAACAGACAAAGUGGUUAAACACUGAGUACGUUUUUUUUUUUUUUUAAAUGACAAAUGAGGAAGGUUUCACCCUUACUUCCCUGUUUCUUAAAGAUUUCAUUAAUAACUGGAGGAAAAUCUUCAGCGGUGACUUAGGGGAAAGAACUAAGGAGAUCCUGGCUGCCUGCCCUGCCUCCACCCAGCAAUUAGAUUUCUAGAGCCCUGUACACCAGGGACAUUAACAGCAGUUAAAGCUGAAAACAACCUGCUCUGUGAAUGGUCUUCCCCUAAUUCCCAUUCAACUUAUGCCAGUGCCUCCUGAGAGAGGGUUGGGGCUCUUUCUGAACCAUCCAGAAUGAGAAAUGUUCUGUGUUUUCAAACUCAUACUCUUCUACAGUCUGACGCCGUGCUGUCUAGUGACCACAGGCUUCUCAGUGUUAUUAGGAGUCCUGGAAAGGGGACGGGUGGUAAAUGAACAACAACUGCAGAGCCAGAAACUACUGCUGAGGUGGGUUUCAAUAUUGAUGUGUUUCUCUCUAGCCCUUGUUUACAGAGCACUGAGCUAGUAUUUAUAUAAGAAUGAGUCCCUUCCUUUGUUAAUAGCAUCUUCCUGAAAGACUGUUUUAAGUCAAGAAUUCCAGUUAGGUUGGUUGUAAGAAUAGAUAUCCUUUCCCACAUUAUCAUUUUAGGUAGGAGCUAACAGAUUCCAUUGAUGCUUUGAAGCAGCGAUCUUUGGAGGUUUUUAAAAAUAGUACUAUAAUGCAAAUUAGGUUAUGUAAGCUUUACAGCACAACUAGAAAUAGAGAAUAGAAACCAUGUGGGAAUCUGGGCCAAAGAAUUUCUCUCCCUCCAGCACAUUCCCAUGGGGCUCAGGAAUUAGAUGAGUUAAUACACAUAAAGUGUUUUGAACAGUACCUGGUGCAUAGUAAGUACUCAGUAAAUGUUGACUGUUCUUACCAUGGUUGGCCGAGGUGAGGAUGAAUGUGAAGAGGGCAAGGCUGUGCCAACAGGUGUUUGAGAGGCAGGUGCAGCCUGCUGAGGGUGGAGCUGUUUCGGUUCCUUGGUGCUGAUAGGUGUUGGCUUCUGCCAGGCUUUGGGAGAGGACUCCUGGUAUCUAGGGGUUGGACAAAGAACAGCCCCCAAAGACCUGGUGAGAGGUAGUGUGGUGAGGUUGCUGCAGAUCCAAGCUUAAGGAAAUCGCCGAUGUGUCUGUUACAGUCAUUAAAUUAUCAGCCGUCUGCUGCCAAGGGUUUGCAAAUACUUGUUUUUUUGUGGAGGAUUAAAGGGUGCAAGGGCUGAUCAUAGAAUAUUCACCUGCUGAGUCCAAGUGUCCACCCAGUGAAGUAAUUUUAAAGAAAGGUGUGUCAUUACAGCUGUCUCCGGAAUCUAACCUCGGGGACUUACCAGUGUUUAGUAGUUAGAAAGCAAGAAACUAUAAAACACAGAAAGGAAAGGAAGAAACUGACUUGUGUGCUUAAAAGGCUGUUGACUAGGAUGCUUCUCUGAAAAGCACUCCUAUAGCUUGUCCCUUAUAGUUUGCUUUGAUACUUUUAGGGGAAAAAAUCUACAUUUCUCACCAUAUGAGGCCUCCCUUCUGCCUAUAAAUCUUAGAGAAAACAUGUCUGCCCAUCUAUUCAUCUUUGUCUUUGUCCAUUUACUUAUCCAUUUAUCUGGACACAGUUGGGAAGUUGCUUUUCGAUAAGAGGAAAAUGGGUACGUGAUGCAACUGAUGCUGUUGCGUUAAGUAGAGAGUGUGCAUCUGUGUCUACAAAGACAGGAGCCUCUGCAGAAAGGUGGGCAGAUGGUAAGAGGUGAGCUAAGUGGGGAACAUAGAUUGAGCCCUCAGAUGCUCUAAGUUUAUCAAAACUGUGUGUAGCCAAGAACUGAGUGUUACCUUUAAGGAGGUAAAGAAGAUUUGCAUUGUAGUCAAGACGUUUUUCUUAAAUCUAAGAAAUAUGUGUAUAGCUAAUGCCCUGGCAAAAGUUAGUGUGUUCCUCCCAGAGGAGGCUGUUUGGUGGAAUCUUUGCCUCAUUCAGCCAGCAUUGAGGGAGGACUCCUUUUUUUUUUUUUGCUUUGAUGGAUCAGUUGUUAACAUUCUAAUUACUCCUUCUGAGGAGCGUCUUGGUCUCUCUUGGCAGAACUUUGUCGUUUCUUCAAAUGAACUGUGCCAUCCUGCUGGUGGGCAGGGUGAAGAUAGCUGCUGUUUACCCAGGCAGUUUCAGCACUGGACAAAAGCUCUCUCCAUUCAAGUGUCAGCUAAAUGCGCCAAGUAAUGAGGUGAAUAGUAGCCUCAGUUUAGGUCAUUUGGGGCAGCAGUAGAUUGAAGCAGCAGGAAGGGCAGGGGAAGGAGAGAGAGCGGCGUUUGUAUCUUGUGUGCCAGGCACUUGGACAUCCUUCUGUUUCUCCACUACUUUCUUGGAAGUAGUAGUAUCCCUAUUUUACCAAAGAAACUGAUGCUCCAAGUUACGUGCUAGACACAUUAAUGGAACCUAGCUCUGUUCUAAAGCCUCUUUCUGUUCUGUCAUGCUAUGGAUUAAACGGCUGGGGCUGACAGGAUGGGCUCUGCUGGAAGCCAAGCCCUCUGACUUGAGAUGACUCCAAAUCAGAAAACCUGGCCUAAAAAAGGGAUAUUUUCAUUUAAACUGAUCAUGAAGAAGUAUUUAAUGUACCAGAAAGAUAGACUGAACAACUGCAUUCAUCUGUAUAAACAGAGGAAGCAUUUUUAUUCAAAGUUUAUUUUUCUCUUUGAAUUUCAAUGAAAUCCUGAGGUAUGUUUUUUCACUUAGCUUAUCUUUUCUGAGUGCUUGUCUGUGCCUGGCCUGUGAUAGGUCAUGAGGAUGUCUUCAAUGAUUUAAGCCAGACUCUGAAGGCAGGCAGGUGAGGGUUCGGCUCACUGGGUACAAGGAAGAGGAGCAUAGAGGGGCAGCAGCCCAGGCUUGUGGUAUAAGUGCAAGAAGGUGUCCCUGGCCAAGUACUCAGCAGAGAUGGGGCAGUGGCAGACUGCAGAGGUUGGCUGUCAUGGCCACGCGUUCCCCUUGGAGUAGGCCUCAGGGCAGGCUGCCAGCCUGAAGUCCAUUGUGUUCCCUCUAAGUUGGACCCGUGUAUGGUAAGCCCUGCUUGGAUGGCUUUGGGGUCUCUAAUUGCUGCCUGUGAACCACUCUGCUGAACUUGUCUGAAAAUUCUGCUGCUGUAAACCACUUUACCAGCUUCUUGGCUAAUGAAUGACAGCUGGGUCUCUGCUUAGGUGUGGGUGGGGGUGUCGGGGGGUGGUGUGGUGAUGGGUGCAGGAUCCUUUUAGGGAAAGGUAUUCCUCACGCACCCCAGGUCAUCAUCUUUCUUGGCAGUUGACAAUGUUUCUGUGCACCCUGCUGUAAUCCUGGAAGGGAGUGGGAGAAAGGAACCUUUGAAAACUGAGGUGGUCGUGUUCUAGAGCGUGACUGUGUUGGGGAGACUGAGCGCCUGGCAUUCGUAGAACGCAGUACUCUCUCAGGUCCUUUCCCACUUGUCAUUUCAUGGCUUGCUCUACUGGUGGGUCUUGGAGAAGCAGCGGUGCAUAGACUGCUUUUCCCACUCUGCAGACAGGGAGACUGGAGCCCAGAGAUCUCUCCAAACCACCUGCUGGUUUGUAGCAAAACAUUGUGGCUCCUAAUUAGUUUUUAAACACAAGAAGAAAUAACAUUUCUUAGAUGUUUUUAGAGUUAACAGUAGCCCUUUCUGAGGAAUUAGUUUUGAAUUUCACCACAACGGUAGAAUUAGAAAUGUUCUCCUUUUACAGAUUAGAAAAUAGAUGCUUAAAGUGACUUGCCCCAAAUUAUAGCACUGUAAGUGGCAGCACUCAUGCAGUCUGAGGCUGUGCUCUGCGCAGGUGGUUUGUGUCGCUAGUGCCGGCCAAUGUUCUCUCUUCCAAGCCCAGGUGGCAGCAGUGGCUUCUCCCCUCUGUGAUGUGUUCUGCUCACCUUCCCUUCAGGAUUCUGGGCUAUCCCCUGUAUGUCUUGAAACAAAUCAAGCAAAAACCAACUCACAUCUCCCUGAUCCUUCCCCAGCCCUCCAAAAUCCAGACUUUCUGGACUCAUUCUUUUUCUGGUUCCUUUGUCAUGUGCUCCUGGGUAAGGUGACCAACUGGUUAGUCCUAGGACAGGCAGCCCAUUUUUUUGUUUUGUUUUGUAUUUUUUUGCCAAACAGUUGUGGUCAGUUUCCACAGAUGAUCAUUUUAUACUGAAAAUGAACCCUAUAAUAAAGUGCAAAUUCAGUGAUUGCCAUUUGGAGACCUCCUCAGGGGUGGGAGGGGGGUGGGGAUGUGCUGCUGGAGUGUGUGUUUUAUGUUCAGCCUCAUCCACGUUUUGGUUUUGGCCAUCCUCCAUUCCUGGCUAGGCCUUCAAACGUGCUCUAACCCACGGGAUCACCGUCACAGUAGCACAUUUUCCAGAGCAAUCUGGUGUUGGGAUCUCCUAGGAUGCUUCUGUCAUGUAGGUGGUCUUGGAAGCUGCUCAGCUCUCUAAAAUCCUUCAUUCCUGCAGAGGCUAUGUUAAAUGAAUAUGGUAGGCAUCAUCUGGGAGGUCAAAAACCUAUGGAAAUGGGCGCCUGGGGAACUCAGGAAAGCUGAAAGCACCUUGAAAUGAGGUGGACCAGAAGGUGGAGGCUGGUGAAGCGGAGACUUGGAGAGAACAUGGGCACUCCCGUCAGGUAUUUUUAAGAGAUUAUAUUUGUUGUAUGUGGUUCCAAAGAGUAAAAGACAAUUAUGGGACGCCAGUGGGCAAUUUGAGCUAACAUACACCGGGGAUGACAGAGCAAGUGGCCGUGGGAGAGCAGCUGAGGUUUGAUGGGAGCUCCCCGUUAUGGGCAUGUUCAAGCAAGAAGCCAGUUGUGUGGAUGGCGAAGAGGAAUUUCUUCUGUGGAAUGUCAGUUUAGAUGAACUCUGAUGUGGUUGGUGACACUGCCAAGACCAUGUCUCCCUUUUUUGGGCACAUAGAUUUAUAGAGAAAACAUUCACUGUCACCUACUGCUUUUUACCAGACUCUGUGUUGGGGGAGAAGGAGCAGUUGGAGAAAAUGUCAAAAUUUGCAGCUUAGACAACUGAGUAGAAAGUGAAAUCAUUGACCCAGAUGGAGAGUACAGGGAGGGGGUGAAAGAUUUUCAGGGGAUUUGGACAGAAUGAGAGUCCUCCUCUGUGCAGGGAGAAAGGCUUCAGCGGGUCUCCCCCUCCCUGCUAGGGAUGCUCCUCACUGGCCCUGGGCUGGGGGCUGGCACGCCCAUUCCCAGGUCUCCCACCGAGUGCAGGAGAGGAGCCAGGCCUCAGAAUGGAAGUGCUUAUUGAGUAACUUACCAAGAGUUACAGGCUUCCCAUUGAGACAGAUGGGGGAUGCCCAGGAGGGGAGUCAGGAGAGGCCUGGCGUGCGCAGAGAGAGUGCACCCACUUGGAGAGCAUGAAGGGCCUUGCUGGGGAAAGUGAAAUGGUUAGCAGAGUGAAGUGGCAGGUGGGACACAACAAUCUGCAGCCAUUUCUUGAAAGGCCCUGGGUGCUAUGUCCUUGAGUGAUUACUAUCAUCCACGAUGGUGAGAGUUCAGAGGGUGGAUUGGGACAGUUGGGUAGCCAAGGACCAGAGUCAGGAGCACUGAUGAGGAAGAUGCUGUUGCCAUCAGGCAGGCAAGGCAUGAGGGAUGCUGAUGGAUCACGGCAGCAGAGGGAUGGUGAGGCAGGAAUGGCAUCUCCUCACAGGCCGGGUUCCUCUGCCAGACUGGGUAGGGACAGGAAGAUGAUGGCCCCCAACCCUGGGCCAAGGAACAACAGCACCCAUCCGGGGGAGGGAGACCUGCUGGAGUACUUCUCCUGGACCACUGCUCAGUGGGCAAUGGAGAGAACAAUAGUGUCUCUGACCAGGAUGGGGAAGCACAGGGGAAUAGAGGAAGAUACUGACGGGCAUAGAGGAGAUGGAACGGAGCGAGGGCCAUCUCCACCUGGCUAGGAAAUGGGGGCUUUGUAGGCCACACUGCAUUGUGCUGGAGAGCUCCAGCGUCUCUGUUGUCAGUGGGUAGGGAGGGACUUGUAACCUUUCAGCAUCUUCAUCCUUUCCCUGAGUUUCUACCGGCCUGGGCUCUCCAGCCAGGAGUCACAGGUACCGGCUGGUUGUUCAUGCUGAGGCCUUCUGCUUGGCAAAAAGUUAAUCCAUUUUUAACCUAAGCAAGGGUUGGAGCUUGUUGGAUUCAGCAUCUGUGGAACACAGUCUUCAGCCUGUGUGAAGGUGUGGACAUUGCUUCCAAAGUUCUUUAAGGGAGGGAAAAGACCAUGAUAUUGUGAGAUGACCGGAGGAUUUGUUUCGGGUGUCAGUUUUGUGUCUGUCCCAGUGUUGCCACCUUUGCUUCAAAAUGGAUGGGGAGAACUGAAGUCCAGUGUGGGUUUCUGCACCUGUUUUCUACAGCGCUGCUGGGGACUGUGGCUCAGGUGGCAGCUGUGGAUACGGAUCCGGUCAGCCUUUGGGUGGCCAGAACUCCAGGGCCAGGUGUCUCUUAGCUGCAAGCAGCCUUGACUGUUACUCAGCAGGCCACACAAAUCUCACCUCCAAAGAGGUGAAAGGUGAAAAUAUAUGGUAAUUUAAAUAUAAAGGACUUGUGUCUGCAAGUCCUUUCUGUCAAGGGCCGGAUAGUAAGCAUUUCAGACUUUAUGGAGCAUGUGCUCUCUGCUGCAACUGCUUAGCUCUGCCAUUGAAGCACAAAAGCAGCGCUUCACUUUCACAUACACAGGGCUGCAGCUUGCCAACCCCUGCAAAGUAAGAGGCAUUUUGCUGAAGCUGGCUGUAUUUCGCCAACCCCUGAGACAUGACUUGCCUUUUGGCUUAAUCAUGAUCCACCUCCCCACAGAGGCUUUCUGAGCAUCUCUUCUGUGUGAACGCUGACUCAAUGCACAGGGCGAUGUAGUUCCUGCCCAUAUGAAACUUGGGUUUUGAGUGACACGUGGGACACUGAAAGAGGAGAGCAGGUGGCUAAAGAGCAUAAUACAGAACAGGGCUCAGGGAAGUCCAAGGUGACAGGGUCUUCAAGAGAAGGGCUGAGGUGAGUCAGGAAAGCCCCGAAGGCAGGCUGCUCUGGAGCAGGGUCUUAGAAGAGGAGUAGGCUGCGUCUCCAGGAAGGGAAACAGGACCAGGCAAUGGGUGAGAUUGUGUCCGACAAUGAGAACUUCUGCAUAGUCACACAGGCAUGUGGGGUCCGCUGGGAAAGGGCCAGGAGGGUGGACUGGAUUCUCCAGGCAGUAAGGAGCCAUCAGACAGUUGUGCUCAGGAGGGUAAUGUGAUCACAAAUGCUGAUUAGAAAUGUCACUGGCUAUGGAGGACCAUGUCUGUGGUUAUAAAUUAUACUUUCAGUUUAGUCUGGACUUUUUGGUCAAGGUAUUUUUGGUACUGGAGUGGGAAAGAUAGGCCCAGAGAGCUGGGCAGAUUUUCUGACCACUGGCUUAUAUUGGGCAGUGAGGGCCCCACCUUUAUUUUGACCUGGCAGAGCUUGACAGAAUCUUCCUUCUUCAGGCUUUUUCUCUCCUGCUAUCCUAAAGAUCAUUUACAAGGGCAGGAUAAACAAAGAUUCUGUCUCCAAAGUUUGGCUUGGGGCCUCCUCAGCAUAUGAAGGUAAAGGGGCGAGGACAGGCUGCCCCUUGCUUCCAAAUCAAGUCACAUGGUGGGAAUGCUUUAUGGAACAGGUUGCUUCCUUUGUACAUGCCCUUGGGCCCUUGGCCAGCAGGCCUCAGAGAAGCAGAGAUGCUAGCCUCUCCUCUCCAGAGGCUGCCAGCUACUAAGGGAGGGUGAAGCGACUACUGCUGGGGGUAGACUGCUCUGGGCUGGGCCUGACAUCAGGUGUAGGGAGAUAGAGGUGAAUCAGACAUGGUGGCUGCACUGAGGAAUGCUCAGUGUAGCUGGGUGAAGAAAAAACCCACAGAUGUUUAUAGCACUGUCUGCUCUCCAGUCUUUCCUCUUACAGGGGUUUCUAGGCACGUCGAAGGGAGCUUCCAUUCAGAGCAUUGGAGAGGUGCCAGGGACGUGAGCUGCUGCCAGUUGGACAUGAACGAAAGCUGGGAGUGGCUACUGUUGCUGUGCAGUGGCAGCAGCACAGUGUGCGUGGUUGAAGGGGUGGGUAGGGCUGGAGAGGCAGGGCCCAAUACAAGUGCCUCUGCAGGUGCGGAUUCGGUGAAGCCCAGCAGCCCUGUGGGGUAGGUGAUCAAUGCAGCUCAGAGAAGGGAAGGUCCUUGUCCCCACCUGCCUGAGCUGGUAGGUGGUGGCCCGCUUCACACAGCUGUCCCAUGAUGCUGAGGAAGCGGGAGCAAGCCUGGGCUGGCAUCUCUGCACUGUGAACCCCCUUUCACAGGCCAACCUUGUUUCUGGCCCUCUGGGACAGAGUCAGGAAGUGAGGACCACAGUGCUGCCCUAGCACAGUCGGGCCAGGUGUGGGGAAAGGCAGGAGGGAGGUGUGCUGUGCUCUGACCAGCCUGGAAGGACCUGGAGAGGCAGGAAGCCACUGAACACUUAAGGAACCGGGUGCUACUUACUCUCGAUGAAGUUGUUUUGAUUGUCUCUGAGAAUCUGGUGAGGGGUACAGAAGGAGGAGUUGCCCCAGGUGGCUGCUGUCUUUAGACUUGCCGGGCUCCCUCUCGUUUGGAAGUGGCUCUCGGAGUUUGCUGCCUGGUUCUCCUCUUAUGGGCAUAGAGUGCUCUCAGGCUCUGAUGGUAGGUGUGGAACUUCUCAGGUCUAAGGAGCACCCUUGUAAAUUCUAGAGGAGUUUCUGGGUUUAUGGAAGGGAAAGUGACAAACUGGAGCCUGGCAUAGAUGGAUGUCGGGUAAAGAGAAUGCAGCUGUCCCUGGCUGCGGUGCCAGGUGUGGCCUUUCAUGUGGCAGCCAGUCAUGGGCAGUGGCUGCAGCUUCAUAGGAAGGCUCUUGUCUGUCAGGCAGUGUAGUUAGUUACAGACCAGAGCCUUGCCAGAGCCAGCCCUGCCCCCGCCUAUGGGCACAGGCGCUUUACCAUCUGUGCUUAGGGAAACAUGAUGGUCAGAAAGUUUUCUUGACUCUAACCUAAAUAUUUCUGUUUUUGCAAGUCAGAUUAUUUUAAUUGUUCAUGGAUAUGGAUCAAGAAUAGGAGUUUAAGGUAGCUAGGGAGGCGGUAAGAAGUUCCUUUUCCACCCAUAAUUUACAAGUUGUGUUUUAGGUUCCCAGCCUCCUUCCUCUGUUCUGGGUAGCUCCUGCUUUCCACCCUUAGGGAUUCUGGUGUGGUGGGUCAGUGGCAAGACACUCAAUCCAGACACACACAUUUCCAAGGCACAAAGAUGUCACUUACCAAGCCUUCUGGUGUGCAAACACCACUUCUCUGGCGCUCGCAGGCUGCAGCCCUGACCCCCAAGAUAGUGAUGGUGGCCAGUGCAUGAGGUAUGAUUUGGAAGUAGCCAGGCAAGGCCUGGUUGCAAAAAUACCUCUUCUCUCCCCUGACUGUAAAAUAGGCCAGAGGUGCUGCUGUUAGACGCACCCCUCUCCCUACCCCAAUCACUUUUCAUGCUCAGGCCAGCUUUGCAGUCAGGUUCUGUUCACUCCGCACCCCCAUUUCUUAGAUGGGGUACUGAGCACUGCUUUUCCCUUAGCUCAGUUAAUAUGGCAGCUUCUCAGGGAUGGGACUUACCAUGGCUGUGGGAGAUGCUUUGCUAAUGUUUAGUACCUUUUCUGGGGAGGAGGGCUCAUUUUUAGAAACUCUACUGGGGAGCCAAAUUGUAGGCAUCCGACCAGAGGGCCUUGCUCUCUCCUCCCAGGAAUCAAGAGUAGCUCUGGCUCUCUGGGAAGCUGUCUCCAGCCUCCAGGUGGACAUCCUUUCCAGCAUACCAAGGCUUAUGGAGGCAAAAUGAAAGCUGGUCCACAUGGGAACUCCCUGCUUUUGUCCUUUCCUUGGGCAGACACUGUACAGUUUAACCCUUAGCGGUGUUUAUCCUUUUUCCACAAAGCAUCUUUGGACUCAGGCCUUUCAUCCUGGACCAUCUGUCUGGCCUGUUGUGCUGAACCUUUGGUCUCUCUCAGUGGCUGGUUGGUCCCAGCCACUUCUUCACAAGGUUUCCUGAGGUAACCAUAAAUUAGGGCAGUUGUACUUCCAGGAACAGUGAGGUUGAUGGGCCUGUUCCCAAGGGUGCUUUGGCAGGGGGUGCUGGGAAGGGGCUGGCCUAGGGUCAAGUUCAUCAUACCAUUAGCCCUACAGCCCCAUGCCUUUGUGUCCUGGCUUACCUGCCUUGUAGUGGUCCUGCAGGAGUGGAGCCUGUAGGACUUGCUUCUUGCACGCUCCAAGGAGAACUCUGUCUGGGAAGGAGGUGGGAAGUGCAGCCAGUCUGGACCUGAAGCCCUCACACUAAGGAGUAAGGUAGCCCUGCUCCCCAGCCCUUCCUUAGCCCCAAGGGUUGAGGGAGUCAGGAGAAGGCUGAGCAGAGUCAUGGAUAGAAAACCUUUCCCUACUGCACGGUUACACACAUGACAUUGGACUCCUGGCUGUAGCUCACUCUGGUCUAGUGAAGACCAAGUUAGUUUUUAGAAAUCUAAAAUAUCUAUCAUGUAUCUAUUUACUGUGUUUUUCUGAAUACUCAAGUGUAAAUAGUAUAAUUUGCAGUGCAAAGUCCUUGGCAAUAACUUUGUGUAUCAUGUUUAAAAAUACUGGAAACCGUGACCACCAUGGACUGUUCUUCCCCUCUGAGGCAAUUAUUACAUGUAGGACUCUGAACUUUAAACCUUCAGCGUGACUGAAGCAGCAGCCUGCACAUGUGGAUGGUCAUCAGUGCCUCGCCCAGAAAUGCCUGGCCUUCAUCCAAAGGGACCCUGCUGCCACGAGUCCUCCAGGCAGCACCCACACUGUGGCUCCUUCGCACUGAGUAUGUUGGACUCUGCCAUAGACUGACCCUCUUGUCUGGCUGCUGCAGUUUGUGUGUAAUGCCCUGACAUGUUGCAUUUUCCCCAUUUGGAUAAAUAAAAACAAAUGCUUCUGUCACACACA